AUGACAAAUGAUAUGAUACUAAAAAUUGUAUCGAAAUUAGAGAAUAAACUUAAACCUUAAGUUAGACCCAAUAAAUUGAAUCUGAAAAUAAUUCAACAUUUUAAUAAGUAUAUCUAUUUUUCCGCCUUUAAUAUUAAAUUUUAUCCUAAUCAUUUAUAAGUUUUUCAUAUAUUCAAAAAUUAAAUUCUUCGUUGA